UGUGAUGUUGAUCUGUUGAUGUUAUUUCUAACAUUUAUGAAAAAAAGUAUUUAUUUGUUUUGCACAAUUACUAAUGGACAAGUAACUAGCGGCGUUUUGCUAUUCCAUUCAUUGUCCAAGCUUAUGGGUUUUCUGUAAUUGUAGGAUUCAAAGAUUACAAUGACGUGGAUAACUUGAAGAGUGAUUUUUUUUCUGUUACGUCUAUUUGCUUCAGAGCUUAAUUAGAAAUUCCAUUGUGAGCUUGGUGAGACUUCAGCCGUUUCACCAUGAUGUACACUGGGACCUCCACGGAGCAGGACAACCGCUUCAGCGACAAGGAGAAGAAGCUGCUCCGGCAGAUGAGGUUCGGCGACAACCUCCGGCAGAAGGUCAAUAUGUCUAAAGUGAAACUAGAAGUGCUGAAACCAUGGAUAACUCAGCGUAUAACAGAUAUACUAGGAAUUGAAGAUGAAGUGAUCAUAGAAUUUGUGUACAGCCAACUUGAGGAUGAAGAGCACCCGGACCCCAAGAAGAUGCAGAUCAACAUGACGGGCUUCCUGAACGGCAAGAACGCCCGCCUGUUCAUGAACGACCUGUGGGACCUGCUGCUGUCGGCCCAGGAGUCGGCCAGCGGCAUCCCGGCCCAGCUGCUUGAGAAGAAGAAGGAGGAGAUCAAGCGCAAGCUGGAUGAACAUGAAAAACUACAUGAAUCUCUGAAGCAAAAAGUGGAAGAAGAAAGAAGUGGAAAAGAGUGGAAGCAUGAUCGGGACAGCCUGGCGGACAUCAGCCUGCCCCCCAGCAAGGAGGAGCGGCAGUCGCCGCCCCGCCCCGCGCCGUCGCCCAGCUCCUCCGAGGGCAGGCCCCCCAAGAAGAAGGACCGGCGGCGCGGCCCCCCCAGGGCCCCGUCACCCGAGCCCGGCCCGGGGCCUCGGAAGUCCGACAAGUCCAGCAGCUCCAGCUCCGACAGCGAGUCCUCUGACUCCGACGAGUCUGAAGCAGAAGCGGGCGAGGAGUUCGAAGUGCAGAGGAAGGAGGACAGCGUCCAGAACAAACGACACUAUCGCAACAACCGGGACGACGAGUCCUCGCACAGCGACUCCAGUGUUUCCCGAGCGAAGCGGCGAGGCGGGGAGAGCCAGCGUCCCUCCAGGACUCGUCGCGAAGGAAGAUCGAGCAACGAGCACAGGGGGGCGAGGCGCAGUGCUCGCGGGGGCAGCUCGAGCUACGAGCACAGGGGGCGAGGGGGAGGCAUGAGUUACGAGAGGUACGGGGACCGUGGGGCAGGCUACAGUUACGAGCACAGGGGAGGGAGGUACGGGGGUCAUAGGGGCGGCUCCAGCUACGAGCACCGGGAGGAGAGGUACGGUGGCCACGGCUCGAGUCAGGAGCACCGAGAAGAGCAUUAUUGGGGUCGCGGGGGCAGGUCGGGUUACGACCACAGAGAAGAGAACUACGCUGAUCGUGGAGCGAGGCAGAGCUAUGACUACGGCUACAGAGAGGAGAGGUUUGGCGGUCGAGGGGGAAACACGAGUUACGAGCACAGAGAGGACAGGUACGGGGGCCGAGGCGGUGGGUCCAGCUACGAGAGGUACGGGGGUCAAGGGGGGAGAUCGGGCUACGAGUACAGAGACGACGGCUACGCUGAUCGUGGGGCGAGGCCAAACUACGACCACAGGGAAGAGAGGUACGGGGGUCACGAGGGAGGCUCCAGCUACGAGCACAGAGGAGAGAGAUACGCAGACACAGAGAAGAUGAACCGUUCAGGGGAAGGUGGUUAUGAGCGAGUGAAACAAAAGAAGAUGGACGAGGAUAGAUACCACGAGCAACAAAGAGAACAUCCAAGAAAGCCCUCCAGACAGAAGAGCCCUGGGAGGAACCGCCCGCAGUCUCGUGGGAGGCAGCCGCCCCAUCGGAGGUCUCGUUCUCCAGAUCAUGCGGCGGUCCACGAGCCGCAUGCCCACCAAGAGUACGAUCGCAGGUCGGCCGACCACGCCAGCUACGGCACACACGAGCAGCGCAGGGCUGCGCGCUCCGCCUCGCGCAGUCCCUCGCCCAAGUACAACAAGCGCAAGAGCGUGCGUAGUUUAUCUCGUACACCGUCACCUUUCCAAAAAAGUCACAACAGUGCAAAUGACUUAAGGAAGGAAAGUUCUGCCUUAAGGGCGAGUGAGGAGCCGGCCAGGGACCCGCUGUUCCCCACCCGGGACGAGCUGCUACGCAAGGAGCGCAAGUCCAGCUCCAAGGGCAAGCCCCAUCGCCCGUGAAGGCUGCAGUCGCCAAUUUUCACUUGUGUCCGUCGUGUGGCAUUAUACACGGCCUUGCUCGUGAAGGCACCAACUGUGCAAGGCAAGCUUCCGCGUACCGUCUUGUAUUUCUGUACAGUGCCUGACUUCCUUAAUAAAUAUCUCGGGCUGAGAGGUACACAAUAACAUAAACAACGUGGUUCGUGACAAAAGGCGAGGAACAUGCACCAGUAUGAAGAAGAAAAUGGCCAUCUCACCUAACGAUGCAUUAAACUACAAAUUGUCAUUGUUAACCUUAAUUUGGAUGCAGUGUUAAAUACUCAAAAUAGAAAUGCAUUUGUGUUUUUAUUUUAUGGCACAAAGUGGUGUUAUUUUCCUUUGAUAUUUUGCACACUGCUGUUUUUACUAGAGGUGGGCGAACCUUAAGUUUUUUUUUUUUUUUUUCCUCACUUUGAACCGAACCAAACCCAUGACAAAAAUCCUUAGCUCAAACUUGAACCUUGUUAAAAAAGCCCCCCAAUAUCUGCAAAAAAAAAAGUAAUGUUUCUAAAAAUAAAUACUAACGUUUGAACACAUACAAUAGGCCUACAUGGAACACUAUAUCUGUAAUCAUUCAAAAAUUUAAUUAAAUGCAGAUUUGAAUUUAAAUUGUCAUAAAGAAAAAACAUCUCUCAAAAUGUGCUGAGCACUGUGUGUCCAGUUUCCAAAAGGGCACAUGGGGAUACAAGACCUGAGCCCCCAGCUUGAUGGGGAAGAAAAAAUUAUCAUUAAUGCAAGCCCAGUUUUCAAAACAGUAAUCAUUUCACUUAUGUUUGAUUUGUAUAAAGCUAACCAAUAAAGCCACUAAAUAAAAGUUCA